AUGUGAUCUUAUUUCCCAUAAAAGCCAAAUAAGAUACACCUGCUUCUGCGUAAAUCUUGAUAUUUUAUUUUGAAAUUCGCAUCCGGUAGCGCUUUUGUGUCCUUCGCUAGCUUGACUGUGCCCAGACGCACCCCUUCUGAGACGUAAAGUGCGCUGGUGUCCGUUCAGGGGCUGCAUAAGUGUGUUGAGAGGAGCUACGGAGCGCGGCGGCUCUGGGAUAUGAUCAGACUGCUGCGCCACCUGCGCUGGGAUGAAAACUGCGCACUCACUUCUGGGUGUGACAAACAUCUCGUAGGUCAGAUUUGGCCGUUUUUUCCAAAUGUCCAGAUGACUUGACUUCACUGAAUCACCGCCCGUCCCCUCGCUGAUGUGUUUUGAACCUUUGGCUGGUGUUUCAUUCCUCCAGAUGUUCUGGAGGCGCGCGCCGCCGCUGCGGAUUUCCACUGAUUUAUUUGCUGAUGUAGUGCUGGUCAGGGGCUCAACUUGAAGUCUUGCUCCUGAAGGCGCGCGCGCGCUCCAAAUGCAUUCGCUCCUGGGCCGGGAGAGGAAAGAAGAAGAAGCCCGGUUUGGGAUCGACCUGGGUCCGUCUACGGGCUUUUUGCCCCGAGGUGCCACCAUGUUCAGCUGCGUGGGCUGCUUCUGGGUUCUGCUCUCCUCCGCACUGGUCGCCGUCUGCAGCUUCAGCUUCAUCUCCCCAGCCUGGAUUGUCAAAGACCAGCUGAGAAACAGCCACCAGCACCAGCAGCACCAGCACCACGGCGUCAACAGCAAGGACUCGGUGAGCUUCGGCUUGUUGUGGCACUGUUCGGAGUCCCUGGAUCACAUGUACAGGUGCUACACCUUCGGCGGACUGGGCAAAUUUGCGGAGAUCCCCUCGAGCUCCUGGCAGUGCUCCAGGAUGUCACCUCCUAUCUGCGGACUGUCCCCGAGGCCCAAAUGGACACUCCAUCCACUUGUCAGACCAGUGCAGUGCUGUGUUCGGGAGGCUGUGCUCUGCUGGCCGUCAGCUCCCUGUUGGCCAUCAUCACCAUCUUCCUGCCCAGCGGAGGAUGCGAGCGGAGGAUCUGCACCCUGGCUGGAUACAUGCAGAUGGCUGCAGACAGAUGACGCCACAGCGAGACGGGAAUUAAGUAGAUCAGCGCCCACCGUGGGAGAGCCACCCUUUCCUUAUUGGAUCUGAUUCAGCGCGUCUCAUUGCUAACAGAGUUAUAACAGUCAGCACGGGGCGACAAUAAGGUUGGAACCACAGCAGAGGUCCCGGCAAAGCUGAAAGAUGCUCAAAGCUCACACAAUUGACUUUGUAAUAUCUUGGGAAGAAUAAAAUUGGAGAGUGGAUACAAGGUGUACGGACGUGUGCGACUGCACUAUAUUGAAUUUCUGACAGUAGAUUUCAGACUUACCGUAUUUCUACAGGCGUUCGCGCCGCGCUGUGACGCGCGAGCGGCCCCGUGAUUUGUGUGUUUCGGUGUAAGACGUGUGUGAUGAAAUUGAUUCGGUGUCACGCAUGGACGCCAGGUUAUCACACACCUUCCUGCCCCGCGAACCCAUUCAGGCGCCUUCACUGCGGCUGCUGAGAGCCCCUUCCUCUAGAAGCAGCUUUCUGUUCCUCGUCACGGCGCCGAGGAAGAAAUUCAAGGGCAAUUUAGUUCAUUUAGCUGUUAAAAGCUGCGUUGAAUAUUGGUAUGUCAUGGUAAUAUAUUGUAGUAAAAUGCUUUCUCCUCAGUUUUAUUCUAUUUUGCUUCCACACACCCUCACACGCAGACAAAGUUUAGAUGAAUUCUCUAUUCAUGGCUGAGCACAAAGGCCUCUGCAGCCUUGCAGCUACAUACCUGUGGAAACUCUGCCUGUUUUGUUCUUGUUCUUGUUCUGCAAAUCAAUAUUUCACUCCCUAAGUCUGAAGUCUGCGAGCACUUCAAGGCUUUUCAAGUGUUCAUUCAAACACGAUGUCAGCCAUAAUAAAUAAACCGAGAAAUCCAAGGACGUUUUUACAGGAUUAGCAGACUGGAAGUAUGUUAAAGGGCGAAACUGUGAAUGAAAAAUAAAUUUAAGAAACUCACAGAGGAAGUGUUGGUGGGAGAGUUUCUCAGUUUGAGCAAAAGACAAAAAAAUAAACAACUCUUUGGUGCUGGAGCUGUCGUAGCCACUGUCUUAUUAUCACUGAGAUACUCACUGUGAUAGGGUCACAUUCAAUGGAUCCCAUGUUCUUCCUUUCUGUAGAAAAUAGUCUACACAACGUGUUUUUCAUGAUACUGUGAUAAAAAGGUAGUAAAACUAUAUUGUUUUGAAUAAAUUGCAGUGAGGUGUGACUCACCAGAAGGACCAGGAGGUGAGUCUUCUUCUGCAUCUCGGUGUCAUGUCAGCCUCUUUCAUCAUUCUGUUCGGUCCUCACAGGAUGAGACCACCAUGUAGAGUAACACCGUGGAGACCAGACUCCCACUUCAUGUUUCAAUGUGUAAAUUAAAGACAUGGAGCAAACAGAAAUUCAUAAUUGAAUGAAACCCGUCAUUUACCCGACCCGUGCCCAGUGACAGCUGGGUGACCCCUACCAGGAUAAGCGGCCCACAUAAUGAAGGGAUGGCGCUCUCAUUAAGUGCUUGCAGAGAUCCAGUCAGUCGGAGAUGCGGCUUAUCUGAUCCAGAUGACAUCCUCCUGGUCCCACUCAGCUUUACCUGAGGCUCGCGCUGCGUUUCACUGCUGCAUUCGUUACUCACGGUUCCUCCGUUCUACCGUAGGCUGCCGUUGGAGUUUGUUGUGCCGAUGAAGGGGCAGAGUGGCCUCGGGCCGUGAGCGCGCGGCCGCGUCUUUGUGUUUCCUCCUCAAAAGCCGAGGAUGGCUUGAUAAAGAAGGUCAUUAAAGACUCAUUAGGCAGCGAGUUUAAAUUAAACAUGGGACUGCUUUGACAAGUGAGAGGACAUGGAUCAGGAUAAAGCGAGAACCCGGCAUAGACAGGCUCAACACUCUCCUUCAUUCUGUCUUUGUUUCUAUGCUUUUCACCUGACAAAGUGUCUCCAGAGUCUCUGGGACGUAAGUGAAAACUCCCGUCUGCUUUAUCCCUGUUCCCCCACUGUCCAACAGCGCUUCCUGCUGCUCUUGAAGCUGCCCUUCAAAGUAGAAGUAACAUUUCCUGUAAGUGUAAUAAAACCUGUGUUUGUUGAGCCGAUUACUGCGUAGCACAGGUUUGAGCCUCUCCUUUAGCCACCUGCGCUCCGGAGCUGAGGCGACGCCGACACCUGGCAUUGUAACAGAAAUCCAGAAUGACUAAGAGCAGCGCCGAUGGCCCGCAGCGCAGUCGAUAACUGCUUGGCAGCACGAUCUGGGAGACUCGAGUCAAUUUGUAGAAAUGAGCCGCUCUCUGGCUGCGUGGGUGCUGAGGAGAGCGCCGGAGAGAGCUGCUCGCCGGCGAAGUGCAGGAGCGGCCUGUUUGCACGAAGCCCGAGAAGCCGCGUGGAUUCAAAGUGUCGCUGUGCAUGUUGCGUUAAUGCGGGUCACGCGGGUCCAGUGCAUUAAGAGAUUUGUUUUGCAUCUGACUUCUUAAACUGUGUAGGUGAUGAGUUAUAUUACACACACAGAAAGCUCAGGUCUCGCAAAUGAAUGUGCUUCAUUGCUGAGAUUGAGACUUCACUGUUACACCUCUACUGCCACCAAGUGGCCGCCGGGUGGCACUUCAGCACGUUCCAGCAUGUGCAGACGGGUUCUGAAUUAUGAUUCGCUGUCUAACACGGCCUGUUUCUUCUCUGUGUCU